AUUAAUCCAUUUCGAAUUUCACCUAUUGCUUCAAAUUUUCUUUCAAGUUUUUUAAUCGUUCAAAUAUGCACAUUACAAAGACGUGACUUUGUAACUAUUGCCUAUUGAUUCAUUGUCUCCUCUGUUAAAUUUUAGCAGCCUUCACAGUGGGUGCAGAGGGGCGAAGGCGUCUAAAACUUCCUCGACAUUUAGGCUAUCCUAAACGAACAUGUUAAUGUCCUUUAAGCACAAUGCAAAUGUUGGAAACGGGAGGUGUUACUUUAACUAACAAUUGCUCCAUCAGUUAUCGAAAGCGUCGGCGCAGGAGAGUUUGUUUUGUUAAUUGCUUGUCUUAAUCCUAAUUACAGUUUUGGGUGGAGCAGACUUGGGCGCGGAAAGAAGGGGUAGGCUACUUUGUAUGGAAACUGUAGACUACAGACUCACCUCGACAAUUUCAUAGGAUACACGCACUACAAAGAGAGACGAUCGGACCUAGGCCAGCAGCGCCUGAGUUUGGGAAUUGGGAUCAGGAUAUCUUCCAGCGCUCCGCGGCAGGAGCUUCAUAGCGCGGACAGGCUACCUCUCAUAGCUCGGCCAUGUUGACUACUGAGGGGGCCCACACCGUAGAGCACGACGUCAUCAAAAUGGACACAGAACCCCACAGGGACACGGAAACUCAGAUGGGCACAGGAUCCAAAAUGGCCACCGACACAGACUCUAAGAUGGACGAGGCGGAUAUGAUGAAGUGGACGGAGGCAGAGUUUGAGGAGAAGUGUACCUACAUUGUCAAGGAUACUCUACGGGAGGCAGGAACGGAGAGCGAGGGGUUAACGAGAGCAGAGGCCUCGCUGCCUCGUAACCUGGCCUUCAAACAACUAGCGGAAUCCAAAGAGGUGAUUGGAGUGGCCAGCAGAGAGUACAUCCCCAAAGGAACACGCUUCGGCCCCUUGGUGGGUCAGAUUUACACUGCAGACAGCGUCCCCAAAGACGCCAACAGGAAGUACUUCUGGAGGAUCUACUCGCAGGGUGACUUCCACCACUUUGUGGACGGCCUGGACGAGGAGCGGUCUAACUGGAUGCGCUACGUCAACCCGGCCCACUCGGCGGGGGAGCAGAACCUGGCGGCGUGCCAGAAUGGCACGAACAUCUACUUCUACACGGUGAGGGCCAUCCCCCCUGGCACCGAGCUGCUGGUGUGGUACUGCCCAGAGUUCGCUGACCGCCUCCACUACCCGCCCUCUGGAGAGCUCAUGAUGCAGAAACUCAAGCAGUCUCUGCUGGAAGCCAAGCAGCAGGCCAGUGAGGAGCAUGUCAGCCGCAGCAGCGCCCCAGUCAAGAUAGAACACAGUGUCUCCUCCAUCCUCAGGGGCCCCACCACCUCCAGCAAGAGGGAGCCCAGCCGGCCACUGGCCACGCGACCCCGCUGUGCUGACAGCCCCGAGCGACCUCUGUACCCCCGUGCCCUCUACCUCCCAUUCCGCCCCCACCCUCAUCUGACUGAAGAGUUCCUGAGUUGUAAGACCAGCCCGGUACAGUUUGGUUACACAGCGAUCAGAUCACCAGGCAACCAGUCGUCAGCGACCCCAAGUCCGUCGGCGCGGAGCAGUCCGGAGAGUAGCCCCCACGGUAGCCCCGCAGCUCCCCAACCCACACCCCCAACCUCCUCUUUUUACUCCCGAGGUUUGGGUCCCUUCCAAGGCUACUCUCCACCAGCCGCCCCCCUUUCCUCGCCCUUCUACCCUCCCGGCCCGCACUACUCCCGCUACAUGCUACCCCACCACUACCCACUACCUGGGGGUGGGGUGCCCACUGUUGGGGGCAUGUUUCCAAGAAUGUACCCUCUCUUCAGCAGCCUGCUGCCCCCCCACAUGCCCCUGCUGCCUGGGGAGGCGGGGAGAAGGUUCUUACUGCCUGACUCCUCCCACCCCUCAUUCUCCACCCACAGGGACUUCCUCCACUCCGCCCCCACCAGUGCCUUCUCGGCCGCCACCACCCUCAAGGACAAGGCCGGCCCCCACUACCCCAAUCACCCCUACCCUGGCCAUGCUCAUCCUCACCCACACGGGCACCCCCACGCCCCCACCAGCGGCUCCCCUACAGCGGGCACGGCAGCCCCUAGCGAGCGUGUGCCCACCAAGCCUACCUCAGCCCUGCUGGGCAGUGCCAGCGGCCGGCAAGAGGAGGAGGCCAUGAACCUGAGCAAGAUGAAGCGGGGUGGUGGCUCUACAGGCUACAAGACCCUACCUUACCCACUCAAGAAGCAGAACGGCAAGAUCAAGUACGAGUGUAACGUCUGCAGCAAGACCUUCGGCCAGCUCUCUAACCUCAAGGUGCACUUGCGUGUCCACAGCGGUGAGCGACCCUUCAAGUGUUCGACCUGCAGUAAGGGCUUCACCCAGCUGGCCCACCUGCAGAAACACUUCCUGGUGCACACUGGAGAGAAGCCCCAUGAGUGCUCGGUUUGCCAUAAGCGCUUCAGCAGCACCAGCAACCUAAAGACCCACCUGCGCCUCCACUCGGGUGAGAAGCCCUACUCGUGCAAGCUCUGCCCUGCCAAGUUCACCCAGUUUGUCCACCUCAAGCUGCACAAGCGCCUUCACUCCCGCGAGCGGCCACACAAGUGCCCCCACUGCCACCGCCACUACAUUCACCUGUGCAGCCUGCGGCUACACCUGAAGGGCUACUGUCUGGCUGCCGUCACCUCCUCAGGUGGCCCCACCCCCAGCCCCUCCACCCAGGAAGAGCUCCAGCGCAUCAACGAGGAGAUUGAGCGCUUCGACAUGAGCGACCACGCUGAGAGGCUGGACCAGCUCCAGGGAGGGGUUGAGGUCGAGGCUGUCCUGGAGAAGCAGGUCCUGGGGAUGCUGUGGAGGGAGAUGGACCUCAAGACCUCCGGCUACCACCACCACAAGGGCGGCGCAAGCGAACUCCAGUCUACAGGUUGCGGCCUGUACAAUUCAGUCAAUGAGACGUCGGUUAUCAAACUGCGCCGAAGCAGUCCACUUCUUCCUUCCAACGUCACGAUCAAGCAGGAGUCCGAGGAACAGGCUUGAGCUCACCGUUUAAAGGACGUUGAGUCAGACUGUGGCUCUGAGAACUUGGUUAGCAGGAGCAACGAGUGUAAAUAUAUUUUUGAUGGUUGUAGCGACUGGGGUUUUCAAACUUUCAGGGACUUCUGUACUCAGGGCUCCAAGAGACAAUGUCCCCAGACUACUAAACUGUUCCACUGUGUCCUACACUUAACACAGGACAAUCAUCCACCCUGGAUUUCAUAUCAUUAUUAUUACUAUUAUUUGUCUCUUUUCCAAGUGUUAUUUUUGUUCAAUUUGUUAUAUAACCUCCUUAAUUUAUUAUGCAAUUAUUUUGUCUUCAAAAAGCAAUAUGUGGAAGUGAUGUUGACAAUGACCAGGUAAUUCAUUGUAAUUGUACUGUUUAUUUUCUUUUUUUUCUGGUUUUGAUUUCACUCUGGGGCCAUUUCUUUGUAAUAUACUUUCUCUCUCUCUGCCUGUAUCUGUCCUGUGUGACCUGUUGAGAAGCAGGGGUGCCCACUUGUUUUUUUUAUUUUUUAUUUAAACAAUAUAGCAGGUUAAAAAAGGGUCAAAGGUCACAACUUUGUUUUGCCAAAGGUGAACACGAACUGUUGAUUAGAAAGAAAAGGUGUUGCUUGACCUUCUGACCCUUCCAGCAAGCGUCCUUAUGUCCACGCUCAUCCUGAGCUCUACAAAAAAGGACUUUUUGUUUGUUUUGUAUAUUUUCAACAACAGUUACCUCAAUGUGUGUAUGAUUGUAUGCGUGUGAGUAUGUGUGUGUCUGUUCAGAGGGAAACUGAAGGCAAGUGUGUUUCUAUUUAUUGCUUUUGCUACUUGAAGACUCCAAAAUGAACUGGAGUGCAGCUCCACAUGAUCCAAAGUGCAGAGAAGUCUGCUCAAUAUGUAGCAUAUAAAGACUGAGUCCGGGAAUCCCCCCGCCCACAGUCCAAGGGAACUUCAAAACACUGUCAAUAGCAAAAGGAGACCAAGUAAACCUUCUCAAAUGGGAUUUGUCAGAUUUGAGGCGAGUAACCAAAGUUUACUUGGCUUUAGUUUCAAACACACCAAAAAGAGACUUUUACAGAAUCGAAAAGAAGACCAAGAGUACUGUUUGUCUGUGAUGAAGUGUUAGCUCUUUAGCUGUGGUUUUGUAGUUUUUGUUUUGUUUCAGAAAAAUGUAUCCCCCUUCUCAUUCUUAAAUGGCACAGACCAAAGCACCUCGGCCUUCUUAUGCACUGGCCCCUCCCCUUUAUGACUUAAUUGCCGGUGCUCCUCCCACUAUUCAAUAUGAUUGGACUGUUAUGGCUGUAAGAUGACAUAUGGUUUGUCUCCAUAGCAACUGACCCCAUGCCGGUGACCUGGAAGCAGUUGCACAUCAGUCCCCAUUCUUUUUUUUUCUCUCUCCUUCUCUUCCUCCAACCCUAAAGUAUGACCAAAGUGUCCCCUUUCAUCUUUAGCCCUAGAGGAGAGAAAUUGAAAAAAAAUACUGUCUGUUUACAUAGUUAUUUAUGUGCAAAAUGUAAAUUUAUGAUAAAUGUCCACAGUUCUAAUCUGA